CUCUAACUAGCCUCGUAUAUUUGGUGUGUAUAUCUGCUGUUUCGUCUUUCGUGAAUUUAGCCUUGAAUAAACCGGCUGUUCAGAACAUGUAUGGAGUCGACGUCGAUCCACAAUAUGGUUAUUGUAACGAAAGUUUCGCUACUAACGGAGAAAGGUUCAAUCCUAGUGGGGCAUGGGAGUGUGCGUGCACUACAAACGAAACCAACACCUUCCCAGUGUGGCAGGUAGAUCUGGAGGCGGAGGCUAUUAUCACACAGUUCGUUAUAGACAUUGUGACACCGGUUUUGCUGGAGGGCACAAAAGUGUACGUGUCGGACACGGCGGAUAGUUAUAAACAGGGCGUGUUGUGCUUUCACGAGACGACGGCCCGGAACAAACAGAGAACCGUCUCCGUCGACUGUCACGCCAAAGGUCGCUACAUCACUUACGAAGACGAGAUUUCGCAUGAGCCCGGGAAGAAAGGCGUUAUAAUAAUAGUCUUGUGUGAACUGGAGGUUUACGGAUGUAGCAACGGAACCAUGGGAGAUAACUGUGACGAACCAUGUCCUGACUACUGCAGGGAUAGAAUGUGUUUCCCGGAAAAUGGCACGUGCUGGUCCGGAUGUGAGGAAUUGGGCAAGACGUCAGAAUUCUGUAAUGAAACCUGUCUUGACGGAAUAUUUGGACAAGACUGCCAGGGAGUUUGUCACUGUGAGGUCGGUACGUGUGACGUCGUUACCGGUCAGUGUCCUUUCAACGUUUGCAGUAAGGGCUGGACAGGUCUCAACUGUAGUACAGUGUGCCCGAAUGGAACAUUUGGAUCCUUGUGUAGCGAAAGCUGCCGAUGUGCUGAAGAUACAUGUAACCCAGUCAACGGGACGUGUCCAGGGGACCUCUGUGGGCGGGGACGCGUGGGCCCCACGUGUAGUGAAGAUUGUCUAAGCGGAACGUUUGGUUUCGACUGCAGCAAUAUUUGUCCCCAUUGUGUACAGGAAAGCUGUGACCCUGAAUUCGGCGUCUGCACAUUAGGGAGGUGCAAGAUUGGUUGGGCCACGAAAUACUGCAAUGAAAGUUGUCCUGUGGAUAGCUUCGGCCAGGAUUGCUCGGAGGCCUGUCACUGUAGGAACGGGACCUGUGACCCCAUCACUGGCAAAUGUCCGAACAAUCUCUGUCGGGACGGAUGGCUGGGACCCACAUGUAAUCGAGCUUGUGACGCUGGAAAGUAUGGAAGAGACUGUCUGAAUACCUGCGUCUGUGUCAAUAGUGCCUGUAACAAUGUUAACGGCACGUGCUUAUGUCCGAAGGGACGGACAGGACCGGCUUGUACCGAUAGCUGUCCAAACGGGACUUACGGAGCGGACUGUAAAGAGAUUUGUUAUUGUGAGGGGAGAAAGUGUGAUCCUGUUAGCGGCCUGUGUUACGCGGGAGGCCCGUGUGAGGCGGGCUGGAAGGGGUUGACCUGUAGCGAACCUUGCGAUGCUGAUUAUUUUGGUCAGAAUUGCACUCAGAAGUGUUACUGCUGGAACGGAACUUGUGACCCCGUGAACGGCACGUGCCUGAACGGUGCCGACUGUCAGGACGGCUGGACUGGACCUCACUGCGACCAAGUGUGUGAAAAAGGAACGUUUGGUAGAAAUUGUAGCGAGACGUGCUAUAAUUGUCUAUACGGAGACUGUGACCCCUUAAACGGGAGAUGUACUUCCGGUUUAUGUCAGGAUGGAUGGCAAACAGAUCUCUGCAACAAACCAUGUGACAACGGUACAUUUGGGUUUAACUGUAACCAGAGAUGUUACUGCGAUUCCAGCACCUGUGAUGCUAUCAACGGGACAUGUGACAGUAGUGACCUUUGUCAGAGCGGCUGGCAGGGUUCUACUUGUAGUCAAGCAUGUCCCUCUGGGAAAUAUGGACCUAAUUGUGAGAGUGACUGCCACUGUCGGACUGUCACAUGUGACCGAAAGAACGGGAUCUGCCCAUUCGGAACAUGCCAAGAUGGAUGGAAAGGUGUCUCGUGCAAUGAGACCUGUGAUAGCGGGACAUUCGGAGAUAACUGUUUGAGUACCUGUUUCUGUGCCAUUGGCUCCUGUGUCCCUACUACCGGUAUAUGUCCCACUGGUGCUUGUCAGAAAGGAUGGCAGGGGCAGACAUGUAGUCAAGUUUGCGACUAUGGGAAGUUCGGACAGGGCUGCUCUCAGGUCUGUAAGUGCGAGACAGGCACGUGUAAUCCGGUGAAUGGCACGUGUAAGGACAAUCGAUGUGAGGUCGGGUGGAGAGGCAGCACGUGUAGUGAAGUUUGCCCAGACAUGACGUUUGGCUUUAACUGUAAGAACAUGUGCACGAACUGUCUAACCGGGACAUGUGACCCCAAAUCUGGUAUCUGUACCCAGGGACAGUGUCAACCUGGCUGGUACACCGACAGAUGUAAUCAAUCUUGUGGAUUCGGAACUUUUGGGAUCAACUGUAAAUUUUCGUGUUACUGUGACAAAGGCACUUGUGACACCAUAUUCGGCAAGUGUAUCGAUAAUGUAUGCAGGCCUGGAUGGACUGGACCGACAUGCAGUUCAGCUUGUCCCAGCGGCACGUUCGGAUACAACUGUGCCAGGACGUGUCUUUGUGUCAAUGGAGCCUGUGACACGGCCAACGACUCGUGUGUAUGUAACCCGGGAUGGCAAGGAGGCUUGUGUGACCAAGCUUGUGGGUUUGGCUCUUGGGGAAACAAAUGUUUGUCCAAUUGUUACUGCGCGAGCGGAACAUGUGACCACGUGACUGGGUCUUGUCCCGGUGGGAGGUGUCGACGUGGAUGGAACGGCACCUCGUGUAGUGAAGGCUGUCCUGCCGGAACAUUUGGUCAGAACUGUGAGGAAAACUGUUAUUGUAAGAAUGGAGCGUGUGACACUGUGUACGGAAUAUGUCCUACCAAUGCCUGCAUGGCCGGGUGGAAGGGACUCUCGUGCAAUGAACCUUGUCUGAGCGGCACAUUUGGAGAAAAUUGCAUCCAGAGGUGUUAUUGUGAUCAAUCGAGUUGUGAUGUCACCAACGGAACCUGUCCUAGCGACACCUGUCAACCAGGCUGGACUGGAAACACCUGUAGUUUCCUGUGUUCGGCUGGAUACUUCGGCGCGAACUGUAGCCAAGAAUGCCACUGUGAAACGGGUACAUGUGAUCCACUGACUGGUAUUUGUCCCGGGAACAAGUGCCAAGCCGGCUGGCAUCUUCCUACGUGUAGCGAACAUUGUGACGCGGGCUACUUCGGUGACGGCUGUACCAGUAAAUGUGGCGAGUGUUCGGGUAGUGCCACGUGUCACCAUGUGAACGGUUCAUGUCCCGCGGACGUCUGUGAAUCUGGCUGGUCUGGCGUACAGUGUCUGACGGCGUCGGCUCAGAGUGCUAGUGUAAGCGUUGCUGGUAUUAUCGGUGCUGCUGUCGGACUGCUGGUAUUGAUGUUGAUUGUACUCCUCAUCGUGCUGGUCGUAGCGCACAGGAGAGGACGAAAUACAGACCGGGAAAGAAUGAUGAACUCUAUAGCAACCCUUUACGGUGAUAAUAGAAGCCAAUCAAGGAACGUCUUAUAUCGGGACGGUAGUAUGGACAGCAAUGCGCCGUGCUCAAAGACCUAUCAUGUAAACAGUCUGACGCGAAAUUCUUUCGACAAUGAACUGUUUGUGGAUAGCUGUAACGAUGCUAUUCCCAGGGAGUUUCGAUCCCUGGGCAACUCGACUGAAAUGUACGACUGGAGCAGUAACGCUAGCCUGAAUGAGUACAAUGAGGAAUUCAGUUCAGGCACAAUACCCCACGAAACUAAAAUGAAAGUACAAGGAUUUGAAGAGUCAGUGGCUACUAAGAAACAACUGGGACGUCUACAAGACGAAUUUAAGCAUCUACCGACAGGUCUGCUGUUCUCCUGUGAAGUGGCUGAACGACUAGAAAAUAGGACAAAGAAUCGCUACAAAACGGCACUUCCAUAUGACCAGUCCAGGGUCAUACUACGCCACAGGCCAGGACAGACGGACUAUAUCAACGCUAGCUUUAUACAGAGUGUAGGGAGCGAUGACCGAUAUAUAGCCUCACAGGGUCCUAAAGAUAAUACAGGCUGGGACUUCUGGCGAAUGACAUGGGAACAGCAUUCCAAUAAAAUCGUCAUGCUCACUAAUCUACGGGAAAAGGGAAAGGCCAAGUGUUCUCAGUACUGGCCGACUCUUGGACAAUCAAUGACCAAUAAGGAGAUGACCAUCACAACCCUGGAGGAGAAGUGUGAACUCUAUAUCACCACCAUACUUAUCAACAUCAGAGACGAGAAGACAAAAGAGAAAAGAACGGUAAACAUCUUCCACUUCCUGGCCUGGUCGGACCACGGAACUCCAAAUCCAUUCAGACUCGCCCUUUUCCAGCGUCAGGUAGACAAAAGUGUUGGUCAGCAGUCCGGACCGGUCAUCGUCCAUUGCAGUGCAGGAAUUGGCCGUACCGGAACAUUUAUAGCCCUUGACGCUCUUCUCAAACAUGGACGCCGCACUGGCGUGAUCGAUGUAUACAACUACGUGGUGAAAAUGAGGUCUUGUCGCACUGGUAUGGUGCAGAAUCAGGAUCAGUACGUGGCUUUGUACGAUUCGUUGGUAGUAGGUCUGACGUACCCGGACACAUCCAUCCCCCGGAAUCUUGUCCCGGACGUAUCGGAGAACACACACAGACUCAAACAGGAGUUCGAGAUUUUACGUAAAAAUCGCCCUCAAUAUGAGAGUUCAGAAUAUUCCUCUGCAUUGUCUGUCCAAAACGUGUGCAAGAACAGAAGCAUGAAAAGUUUACCGUGUGACAAAUAUCGGGCACCCCUACUUUCCCACGACACCGGAAAUGGUGACUAUAUAAAUGCUGUCCUACUUCCGACCUGUACGGACAUGGAGGGUUACUUGGCGACACAAAUCCCUCUGCGGCAUACACUGGUGGACUUUUGGAGCAUGGUGUACGACUACAACUCGCGGACAAUCGUCAUUCUUGAUAAAGUAGAAGAUAACAUGGACAUUGUACCUCUAGGAGAGCCUUUGAGUAUUGGACCAUUUUUGCUGGAGUCCCAAGGCCUGAGGUCCUCUGAUAGUGGAAUCACAGAGAUGACAGUAUCCCUUCAGAAACAGGGAGAAAGGGGACGAAAGGUCAAAGUGUAUCUGUCUUUUGGUACCGAAGACAAGAAGGGGGUGACGUCCACUCAGAAGUUGAUACGUGUUGCAGAGCUUGCGAGAGAAGACGAUGAUGAAAACCCUACAACUAUUGUCUGCAAGGACGGACAAACCAAAUGUGUACCGUUCUGUGUAGUAGCAUCCCUUAUACAGAAAGUAUCAGUGGACCAACUGGUGGACGUAUUCGAUAUAGUGAGGGAGAUUCUAAUUCGAAAACCGGGCGCAAUUCAGUCUUUUGAGCAAUAUCAGUUCUGUUACAAGGUUUUGAGCCAAUAUGUGCAGAUGAACAAGAAGUCCACUACCUGAAGGAGAUAACCGAAGGACAUUUUAUAUUAUAUAUUGUACACUGUAAAUCACUUCAAUUUCGUGGAUACUUGUACUUCACGAUUGUUAUUACAGUAACAUAUUCACCAAGAUUUUAAUUCGCAAAAUUAAAAGAAAAAACGAAGUUUAAUUCUCCAUGUUAACUAAUGACGAAUUAAAAAAAAAAGAGGACUAUUUAAUUUCAUGAUCGUGUCUUCUCGAUUCCGUUCACGCUUAAAUAUAUAUCUCGUGAAUUUUUAGCCAAAUAUAAUAUUAUUAUUAUUAUCCCCUCAAAGCAGAUGACAGUCAAUAGUGACUGGUGAUUUGAUGGAACUGGUGACUUAUAAUGAAUACAAAGUAUUGAAUAAAUAAAGUUAGAAAAAAAAUACAGAAAAUGACUACAGUUUGAAUAUUCAUCGAGGCAGAGAAACGAUCGAUGUUUAGAAUAAGUGCAUUUUGUGUCGUAUGUAAAUAUAUUACUAGAAUUGCCGUUAAAAUUACUGUUGUUAAAAUGAUGUAAAAUUAUAUUUAUCAUAUUGUUUUCAAUGUCAAUUGAAAAUAUUAUUUAUGAAUAUUAUCGUUCGUAACACCUGGACUUAAAAGCCUUGUACUUAUUCAAGGGUCUAUAUAUUAAUCUUUCAUUUGUUCUUGAAACGUAACGUUUUCCGAACAACUCACGGACUUUUUUGUUUAAUUUUCAAAUCACGGUUGAGUAAUAAUGUUUUAUAUACCUCCAUGAGAUAGUGAGUGAGUGAUAUAUGAAAGACAUAUUUACGUAACGUCAAUCUUAUUUUACUGUUUGUUGAUAUAACGUUUGCAACUUAUAUAGUCUAUGUUUAUAUAAAAAAUGUUAUAUAUAUAUUAUGUUCACGAUAUUUUUUAUGUAUGUUUUAUUAAAAUGUAUUAUAUAUACAUUUAUUCCAUGUUCGUAUGACAUGCAUUAUAAAUGUGUUAUAUAACAUUUAAUAUGUAUGUUUCUGUCGAUGCUCUCCAAUACCGUGUUUUCAGUGGAUUAACUCUUAAACUUACUAAUGAAUGGGAUAAUGUAGUCACAGAUAUAUAUCAUGUAGCUAUAUAAUUAUAUCAGUGUUUAGUAAAUCAACAACACAUUGAGUUCAAAGUUGACGUAUUGAUAUUGUCUUAAUCAUAGUAAAAUAAACAAAGCUUAUCCUUUAGUCACCAGGUCCUGAGAUAAUGAAAUAAAAUUGAAAUUCUCCUUUUUCCGAUGCUAAAAUCAAGGUAUGCUGUUUAUGUACACCUUGUAAAUACGCCUUUUUGUUUUGACUUAUAACUGCUUUGUUUUUCAA